GAGAGAGGAGAUGAGUGAGAAGGAGAGAAGACAGGAGGAGAGAAGGAAAGGGGAGGAGCAGCACGGUCUGCUGCCGCUUCAUUCAUCUUUCCUUUGUGCACGGACAGCACCGCACCGCGCGUCAUGGCGCCACACCGGUACACACCGGGCAGAUCAGCCGCGGUUCACAGCGAGAGAGCGGCUGCGGCACCGGGACGCUACUAUGGAGAACCACACAGGUUUGAUCCUUCCUUCCGAGGUCCAGUCUGCAGAAGAAGCUGCACUGAUGCAUUGUGUUGUUUGAUCUUCAUUGUUGUCAUCCUUUCAUAUCUGUCCCUGGGGCUAGUGGCCUGGUUACAUGGGGACCCCAGGAAGGUUCUCCAUCCGACAGACAGCUAUGGCCAGUUCUGUGGGCAGAAGGGGACUUCCAAUGCGAAGAAACCCAUCCUAUUUUACUUCAACAUCUUAAAAUGUGCCAACCCAGCUAUACUCAUCAACCUGCAGUGCCCCACAACGCAGAUGUGUGUGUCACAGUGCCCUGACAAGUUUGCAACCUACAGUGAGAUGCAGCUGCAACACAAACUCAACAAGGGUUACUGGGAAUACUAUAAACAGUUCUGUAAGCCUGGAUUUAAUAACCCUGAAAAGCCAGUAUCUCAGGUUCUAAGAGAUGAGGACUGUCCCUCCAUGAUCAUACCCAGUAGACCAUUUCUCCAGAGAUGUCUACCAGACUUCACCACUCUGAAUGGGACUGUGACUGUAGUGAACAGAACUAGGUUUAAGGAUGCUCUGGAAAUUCCACACAGUGUCAGUGAACUCCAACGUGCAACCAAGACUAUAACAGGACUUGUGGACACUAAGGAGAUGGGCAUGAAGAUAAUGGAGGAUUAUUCUCAGUCCUGGGCAUGGAUACUCAUAGGUCUGCUGAUAUCCAUGGCUGUUAGUCUGAUCUUCAUCCUGCUGCUGAGGUUCACAGCUGGGUUGCUGCUGUGGGCUACUAUCAUCACUUUCAUACUACUGCUGGCAUAUGGUAUGUGGUACUGCUCGGUGGUCUGGUCCCAGCUCAAACACACACCGGGCUCUGAUGUUGCCAUUACAGAGGUCGGCCUGCAGACUGACGUACAGGUCUACUUACAACUUAGACAGACAUGGAUCGUAUUAUUGGUGUCUCUGGGAGUGACUGAAGCUUCCAUCUUGGCGCUGUUGAUCUUCUUAAGGAGACGAGUCCGAGUGGCCAUUGCCCUACUCAGAGAGGCCAGCAAAGCUAUCGGUCACAUCAUGUCCACACUAUUCUUUCCAGUUGUCACCUUCCUCUUGUUGACUGUGUGCAUCUCCUACUGGGCAGUUACUGCCAUUUAUCUUGCAUCCUCAGGUGAACCCAUCUACAAAGUGAGGUCUCCUAAUGUCAGCUGCCCCUACACCAACAGCACAUGCAAUCCUGAGACCUUCAACAGAACCAACAUCUCCACAUCAGCGUUGUGUCUGGGUACUCAGUGUCAGUUUGCCUUCUAUGGUGGGGAGACGUCCUACCACCGCUACCUCUUCCUUUUGCAGCUGUUCAACCUACUUGUCUUCCUCUGGCUGGUCAACUUCAGUCUGGCCCUGGAGCAGUGCACCCUGGCAGGGACAUUUGCCAACUACUAUUGGGCCAAGAGGAAGCCUCAGGAUAUCCCAGCAUGUCCACUCUUGCUGUCAUUCAUUAGGGCUGUCAGGUAUCACACAGGGUCUCUGGCAUUUGGCUCUUUAAUUCUUUCCGUUGUCCAACUUCUGCGGAUCAUCCUGGAAUACCUAGAGCAGAAACUAAAAGGUAUUGACAACAGCCUGUCCCGGUUCAUAAUGUGCUGUCUGAAAUGCUGUUUCUGGUGUCUGGAGAAAUUCAUUCGCUACUUGAACCAUAAUGCUUAUAUCAUGGUGGCGAUCUAUGGUAAAAAUUUCUGUACCUCAGCCGAAGAGGCCUUCUUCCUAUUGAUGAGAAAUGUGGUCAGGGUUGCAGUUCUAGACAGAGUGGCAGACUUCCUGUUGUUUCUGGGCAAAUUGCUGAUAGCAGGAGGAGUUGGUGUCAUUGCCUUCUUCUUCUUCACUAUGAAGAUCCCUGUUAUCCAGGAAGACGUACCCCAUCUCAACUACUAUUGGGUCCCCCUGCUGACUGUGGUCAUGGGUGCCUACCUGAUUGCUCAUGGAUUCUUCAGCGUCUAUGCCAUGUGUGUGGACACACUCUUCCUCUGCUUCUGUGAUGACUUGGAGAGGAAUGAUGGUAGUGCAGAAAAACCUUUCCUCAUGUCUCCAGAGCUGCACAGAAUCCUGGGGAAACCCAGUCCGUUUUGCUGAUAUACUUUCCUCUAUAUCCACUCCAACAGCAGCCAGUCUGCUCAGCUUUGGUUGGCUGGUCCCUACAUAUGUCAAGACACAGGGGGAUAUUUCAUGAGAUGUAAAGUAGCAACGUGUUUCCAUAUCAGAACAAUAGGGACCCAAUAGUAAAAUCAGAGUCUGAAGAAUUUUAAAAACCUAAUCAAUACUAAAAAAAUAUUAUAAAGGUGAGAUGCCUUUUUUUUUUGAGGCAGCAUUUUAUCUCUACUCGAGGCUUCUGAAGUGUCUCUGCUGCACCACUGCAGUGCAGUUACUAAAAUGAAAAUUUUUUAUGACAUUGUGCCAUUAUUGGUCUGAUAGGGUUCUUCAUUGGAAUAUGUUAUCCCUUAAAUGAGAAGGUUUUUUGUAUUAAGACUCUGUGUGGGUGUUUGAAGAAUUCUUAAUUAUACCUUCAUGUGCUAUGAAUGAAUGUUUUUAACUGUUUUUUAAAAACUAAAGUGUGUGAAAAUCUGUUUAGAUGGAAAAGAGUGUGGUCUGUACAAAUAGUUUCAUCUGACAUCAAACUCCAGAGCUGAAAAAGUUUUGUCCGUCACAUUUAGAUAGUAAAAUUCAAAGUGGGCAUUUUCAUGCCCAUCUGCACUGAAGACAAACAUACUGUAAAUGCAGUUCUGUUUCCAAACAAUAACCACACACUCACAAACUAUAUCUUAUUCAUUUUUAUUCCACAAUAUUUUGAUAUAAAAGAGAAACCAAGAAAAGUCAUAUUUUGAGUAUUAAUUGUCCACAUUUCACAGCAAAAGGAAUAAGAUGAAAAUAAUAUUCAGUUUCCCUAUGGGUAAAGAUGUUUUUUUUUCUUCUAUGUAAACCAAGGUUAAUGUACUGAAUUUCUCAUUAUAUACUCCCUGUUUAUUUUAUAAGAUCGAAUCAUUUUUGUAUUUGUAAUGCAAGUUUUUUGUUAUAAGUGAAACUGAUGAAAAAAAAGUUGUCAUUUCUUAAUUUAAAAAUAUCACUAAUGUCACUAAUUUUUCUUGAGAACUUGAAUUAUAUGUAUGAUACAAAAAGCAACCACUGACCAAAAAUGUAUUAGAAGCUCCAGAAUGUAAUGUAAGGGGUGGGGUGGGGUGGGGUAGUAAUGGCAAUAACACCUACACAUGGUCCAUAAAAUAAUAAUUAUUAAAAAUAAAACAGUACAAUGUUAUAUUGGAUAAACUUUUUAUAUGACAAUGUGUGUCUAUUGCCUCAUGGGAAAAAUAUCCGUAAAACCAAUGCUUCAAAAAGUUUACAUUUGUAUGUGUUUCCUCCCAUGGCUUUUUUCACACUCAGUUUGUAUGAUUUGAAAAAAAGUACCAUGUUUACAUAAAUAAACAUUAUAAAUUUAACAAAA